GCUCGGAGGUGGGGCCCCGCCCACGCCGGGUUGAGCUCACAGCCCCGGUCCCGCCCCUGGCGUCCUGCUGGGCGGGCGGUGGCGGAGAAGGCCUGGAGGCCCUCCACGGACCUGGACCAGCUCUGGGCGGCCUCGGCCCCUCCUCCAGGUGCCCCUACGUCCCGGACCUGGCCGGGCCUGGCCCGUGCUGGAGGAUAAGGCCGAAGGGCCGGCAUGGCGGGCGGGGGGCCCGGCGGGGGGCAGUCGCGCCGCCGCGGGGUCCGCCUGAGCGCUCUGCGCUCGCCGCCUUGCGCACUGCUGCUUGCCGGGGCGCUCGCUGUGUGUGCCUUCUACUACGUGGGUUCGGGCCGCGAGACCUUCUCCAGCGCCACGCGGAGGCUCCGGGGGGGCCGGGCCGGGGCCUCCGUCCCCCCAGGGUCCCCUUCGGCCGCCCCCCUUGUGCCCGAGGCCAAGGCCAAGCCGGCGGACGGCCUGGAGGGGGCGGUGGGGGCCGCGGGGGAGGAGCUGGACUACCACGUGCUGAUGAUGUUCACCAAGGCUGAUCGCAGCCCCUCCCUGCAGGCCAAGGGACGCAUCGCGCUGAGCUCCAUGCUGCGCCUCGCCAAGCUGGACUCGAACGAGGUGCUCAACGUGCACCUGGUCAGCGAGGAGGCCAGCAAGGAAGUGGCCAAGAAGCUGCUGCGGGAGCUGCUGCCCGGCGCUGCCUGCAGGUGCAAGGUCAUCUUCCAUGAUGUCGGCAUCCUGACAGAGAAGCUGUUCCCAGUAGUGGAAGCCAUGCAGAAACACUUUAGCGCGGGCUCUGGGACCUACUAUGGGGAUGCCAUCUUCUUCUUGUCUGUCGCCAUGCACCAGAUCAUGCCCCAGGAGAUCUCGAGGAUCAUUCAGCUGGAUUUGGACCUCAAGUACACGGCCAACAUCCGCGAGCUGUUCGAGGAGUUCGACCGUUUCCCUCCGGGGGCCGUCAUCGGGCUCGCCCGCGAGAUGCAGCCGGUGUACAGGCACACCUUUUGGCAGUUCCGCCGAGAGAACCCUCAGAGCCGCGUCGGGGACCCCCCUCCCGAGGGGCUCCCGGGCUUCAACAGCGGCGUGAUGCUCCUGAACCUGGAGGCCAUGCGCCAGUCGGCCCUGUACCGGCGGCUCCUCGAGCCGGCGGCGCUGCAGCGGCUCACAGACAAGUACCACUUCCGGGGCCACCUGGGGGACCAGGACUUCUUCACGGUGGCCGGCAUGGAGCACCCCGAGCUCUUCCACGUGCUGGACUGCACCUGGAACCGGCAGCUGUGCACCUGGUGGAAGGACCACGGCUACCGCGACGUCUUUGACGCCUACUUCCGCUGCGAGGGCCACGUCCGCAUCUUCCACGGCAAUUGCAACACGCCGAUCCCCGAGGACUAGGGGCCAGACGCCCCAGGGGAGCAGGAGUGACCGGAGGCCCUCCGAGGCCAGCGGGCUGGCCGCCCCCACGCCCUUCAUCACGCCAGCCCAUGGGAGGAGCAGUGGCCGCCCGGGCAGCCACAGGACCAAGUUCUUGGGAGAGAAGGCUGAGAAGAGGAGGAAGGCUUCUCGUUGGCCAUGCUGCCCGGUGGGUCACACCAGCGCCCACCCAAUGCCAGCCUUCUUUGGCUUCCGUGUCAGAUGGGUGCCCAAGCGUCUGCCAGUCCCCUUGGCGGGCUUUGGGGGAGGAGGCUGGUCAGGUUGGACAUGUAGUGGGACUGGGGGCUGCUGUCUCAGCUCUGCAGAAUUGGGAGUGCCAGUCUUCGCGGCGCUUCAAGCCUUCCUACAGGGCCACUCCUGGGACGUCAACGAGGGGCACCCACGAUUGUUUGCUAACCCUCCUUCUGAAUCAGGGUGAUCGGGACCUUCCCCUGGCAUCGGUGGGCCCUCCUGGCCAGGGUGCUGGCCUCAUUCUCACUCAGAAGGCCAGCCCAAGGAGGUGGCCGCCCCGAGGCAGCCGUGACUACCACGCUCUUCUCGAAGGCCAAGCUCUGCCAUGCUUGAUAAAAUGGUGGCCUCGUGGCUCACUCUUCAGACCUUGUAAGUAGCCGUCCUGCCCCAGGAGGCCAGAGCCCAGUCUGUCUCUUUUGUGUUCGCUUCAGAGGUCUAGGGGUCGGGGUGGGAGCCUGCCGGGGACCUGGCCCUUUUGGGGGGAUGUGUGUGUUUGCCUGAGGGAAGCCCAUCCGUGGCUGUGGCGGGCACGUUGUUCCAUGCCACCUCUUCGGAGUGGUGUUCUAAACUGCAUGCGGGCUCUGGGCCAGAGCUUAAUAAAUUCAGUAGAAAGAA